AUGUUAUCGUACUUAAUCUUCGCCGAACUCCUUUGUGUCAUACAAACGAGUAGGUUCUCUAGUCUAACUGACACUGGAACUCAGAAUGUCACCUUACGGGAUGAAGCAAUAGCCACAAAGACCGAUGUUUUCAGACAGUUGUUGAACCAGGAGACUCUGAUUCGAAUGUCACUGGUAAAAGAUGUCCAAAGUCUCGUCAAGGAUAUGGUAGAAAUUAAAGAAGUCAUGACUACCAGUAAAAAACAACUCCAUGAUGGGGAAAAAGAAAUCUUAAGCUUAAAGAAUGAAGUACAUUCAUUGAAAACCGAGAACCAGAAGUUAAAAGAGCAAGCUGUGAAAAUUCAAGAAGCUAAUAAUCACAAGUUUAGUGAAAUUGGUGAAAAUCUUACAGAAGUUUCAAACAGCUGUGCUCAGUAUGAAACUUAUGUGAAUAAGGGAAUUAAAGAUUUUGAGAAAAAUGCAUCCAUGAUUCUAAGUGACAUGAAGAUAGAGGUUCGCUAUCUCUCUUUGACGUUACUGGAAUUGAAUAAACAUACCAUGGAACUUAAUGUGUCCUUUCCGAAUAUGAUAGAAGGCAAAUUGACUGAGUAUACAGCAAACGUAAAUAGAUCUGUCAGUGAUAUAAACCACAAAUUGCUUAUUUCAAAGGAUUACCAGGAACAGUUGGCGUAUAACUUGUCAUUACUGGAAAACGACCAAACCAGCUUAAAGAAAAUUAUUUCAGCUACAAAGACAGGAGUGGGUUUCACUGCUGGUGUGACGACGAGAUCUGACUGGGCAGGAGACAUCUUGGUGUUCCCUCACGUUGUCACCAAUAAUGGAAACGGAUACAAUCCGAACACCGGGAAAUUCACCGCCCCCACGGACGGGACAUACGUCUUCUUCCUCACAGUUGUUUCUAACGGCAAUAAGUUUAUAUAUAUGAAUAUUGUUUACAAUGGUGCAGAUAAAGUCCGAACAAUAGGUCAUGAAUCUGCAAGAUAUAUGACGGGAACAAACAUGGCGGUUCUUCAGUUGGUCAAAGGGGACUCUGUUUGGGUCAGUCGGCGACAUGGAAAAGGCUAUUACUCUGAUAGUGCACCCUAUACAACCUUUUCUGGUUUCCUUCUGUAAUGAAAACUGAUGAUUCAAAUUUAUGUGUAAAAAUUGUAGAUUAUGUAAAAGUAUUAUAGUGGAACCCUUUUCUUUACAAUCACAGAAUAAACGGAAACAAUUGUU